AUGGAAUCAUCCGCGUCCGGUUCAGGAGAAUCGCAAACUCAAAAAAGAAGUGUUAUUUGGAUGCAUUUCACCAAUAUAUCGGAAGCUAAUGCAAAGUCUAAUCUUUGUAAAAAUAUUUAUUCGCAUAAAAAUGGAAACAUUAGCAAUUUAAGGAAGCAUUUGAAAACUAAACAUCCGACUCUUUCAUUGGAAGGAGAAAGGGCAAAACGGCGGGUGGAAGACGAAAAUAUGCCUAGGUGCAAAAGGAACUUAGUUUCAGCUAUAAAACCUCAAGAUAACCAUCCUUUGACAAAGUGUGAAGAUCUGUGA